AUGAAUGAACCCGUUGUAGUAUAUUUAGCAAAGAAGCCAACGCCAGAAGAGAAGACUGUGUGUGACACAGAAUUUGAGCAAAAACAUGCAAUAACGUUACAUUUGCAUACGCAUACGAAAGAUAAAUCUCAUGUUUGUGGCAUAUGUUACAGAGUAUUCAAUAACAAAAAUACUCUUCGAACCCAUGUGCGUGCUCAUACGAAAGCUAAGCCUUUUGGAUGUUCGGUUUGUAGUAGAUCAUUUAUGACCAAGGAAGAACUAUGUAUUCAUUUACUGAAUCAUACCAAGGAAAGACCACAUGUUUGCGGUAAUUGUGGUAGAGCAUUUGCUCAUAAAGGACAUUUAAAUGCUCAUCUUCUCAUUCACGCAAGAGUGAAGCCUCAUGCAUGUGAUGAAUGCAGUAAAGCAUUUACUCACAAACACAGCCUAGUCCGACAUUUACUCACGCAUACGAAGGAGAAACCCCAUGUGUGUGGUGUAUGUAACAGGGCAUUUUCCCAAAAGAGUACUUUACUAACUCAUUUUGUAACUCAUACAAAUGAAAAGCAUUUUGGAUGUGGUGUUUGUAAAAAGCCUUUUGUGCACAAAAAUAGCUUAAUGAGACAUCUACGUAAACAUGUGAAACAGGAAGAGGAAUCUGAUUGA